AGUGCGAGAGAGAUUUUCUUUGCAAGUUUAUCGUGUGUGAAAAUUGCUCAAAGUUCCCAUGAAUACCUGACAAAAUCCGCCAAAUCUCAGUGCAUCGGGAAGACAGACGGCCAGCGCAGCCAUGAACAAGUUCACGAGCGGGAGUUACAGCUUCAGCUCCGCUUUCGACUCGGGAAACUUGGGGAAGGUGGUGCUGGUGAGGGCGCCCGAGGAAAAUGAGCCUCCGCCCCCGGACGGCGUCACGGCGUCGGCGGAGUUCAAUCUGUGGACGUGCCCGGACUGCGGAGGCACGCAGUACGAGAACUCCAACAGGACGUGGUUCUUCUUCAGCGUCCGCGGCGGGCGGCCGCUGGACGUGGCGAAGUUCAACGUGAUGAAUCUCAACCGUCAGGCGAAGCUGUACAGCCAGGGCAUGCAUCCCGUGGUGAAGGUGGGCGCCAACGGCAAGUGGGAGAGGAUCAAGGACAAGCCCAGCUACACGGUGGAGGACGAGAACUUCAUCGUCUCCUUCCUGCACCGUGGCGGCGAGGACAGCGAGCAGGACUUCUUCUACGCCUUCACGUAUCCGUACACGUACACAGAGCUGCAGAACUACCUCACGCGCCUGGACAGGCGCUUCCGGAAGAGGCAGUUCGAGCUGAAGGUGCGUCAGUUGGAGGGCGCGGCGGGCAGCAGCAAGGCGGAGGACGUGGCGGUGGCGAAGCGGCUGAAGGACCUGGAGAAUGCGUGUGCCUCGCCAGACGUCGAUCCGCUGCAGCUGAACGAGGAGGACUUCAAGUCCGAGAUCUACUUCCACCGCGAGCUGCUGACCUAUUCGGUGGAGAAGCGCCGCGUGGACCUCAUCACCAUCUCCUCCUAUCACGGCAUCUGUGACGAGCGCGAGCAGCGGCUGGAGAAUCUCUUCCCGGAGAAGACGCGCCAUCGCUGCCACACGUUCCGCGGCAAGAGGAUCAUCUUCGUGUCCUCGCGCGUGCAUCCGGGCGAGACGCCGGCCAGCUUCGUGCUGAAUGGCUUCCUCGCGCUGCUGCUGGACCGCAAGAGCUCCAUCGCGGCCACACUGAGACGCCUGUACGUGUUCAAAAUCGUGCCAUUUCUCAAUCCCGACGGCGUCUUCAACGGCCUCUAUCGCUCAGACACGCUCGGCCACAAUCUCAACAGGGUCUAUCUCAGUCCCAGCCCUGAAACCCACCCGAGCAUCUACGCCGUGCGGAAGCUGAUCAGAUUCUACCACUUUGGCUGCGACAAGGCGGAGUGCGAGGAGCCAGAAAUAGCGGCCACGACUGAGAAGAAUGCCGGCGGCAAUUCCGACACUGUCACAUCACACGAGCCCUCGCCAGAGGCAUCCGAGCGAGAAAGUGAAAGUGCUCCAAAUGCGGAGAACAGCACAGAAAACCCCCCAGCCAAGCCCGAGGUGAGUGCUGAGAAGAAGAUUGCACCGAAGAAGCCUUUUCAGCUGGCGCCGAUCAGUCAGAACAAGGCGGCGGCGGCGCAGCGAAAGGCCGUGAGUGGCAGGAAGGAGGUGAAAUCUCGGGGCGUGAGCAAGGAUGCGAGUGUGGAUGUGGAGGAGAAGAGCGUGGACAGCAGCAACAUGUUCCUGUACAUCGAUCUGCACGGACACGCGAGCAAGAAGGGCGUCUUCAUGUACGGCAACCACAUGGCCAACUCAGCCGAGGCCAUCGAGUGCAUGCUCCUGCCGCGCCUCAUGAGCAUGAACUGCCACCACUUCCACUUCGACGCGUGCAAUUUCUCCGAGAGGAACAUGUAUCACAAAGGAAAGCGAGAUGGGCUGUCCAAGGAAGGUUCUGGCCGGGUGUCGGUGUACAAAAUGACUGGGUUGAUUAAGAGCUACACCUUGGAGUGCAACUACAAUACAGGAAAGUGUGUAAAUAUUCUGCCGCCGCGUGGAAAAGAGUCUGCGUCGAAAGUUGUUAAUCUGGUUCCACCGAAGUACAAUCCAGCGAUUUUUGAAGAGAUUGGACGUGCUUUGGGCCCUUCGAUACUCGAUCUGACCAACUCCAAUCCGAUCUCGCGGCUCCACAAUUCAGACUACAGAUCUCUGCAGGGUCUGCGGAAUGCCAUUCGGCUGGAGAUUGACAAGAGCUUCGCCAAGUCCUCGCACUCAUCCAGCUCUGGCAGUUCCGGCGGCGGCGGCGGCGGUGGAAAGGCGAACGCCGGAGUGCGGAAGACAAAGGUGAUAAAGCGGGGCGGAUUGCUCAAUCCGCCGCCGCCGCUGGAGAUCUCCAAGGAGAACAAGGCGUACUGCAAUCUGCAGAACUGGGAGAGUCGCGCCAGUGUGAAUCUGGUGAUGGCGCGCGGCGGAUCGCGCCUGAAUCUGUUGAAGGGGCAGCGCAAGGUGUUCGGCAGUGCGGCCAAGGUGGCGCCGGGUGCGUCCACGUCGCAGGCCGGCGCCAAGAAGCUGUCUGUGGUCAAGGGCGUGACCAAAGAGGCGCAUCCGCAGAUCCCGCCGAAGAGGAAGAAAGUCACCGGCGGCGGCGCGCUGAAGAUGGACAAGGAGGAGAGCCUCUCGUCGGCCACUUCGCUGCCCAAUCUCUUCCCCACGCCGUCUGGCGGCGAGCCGCUCUUCUUGCCGACGCCCGCGAAGCCCGAGGACGAGGAGCACCCGCGGCCGUCGUGCUCGCACGAGAAACCACCGUUCUUGCAGAAGCUGAAGAAGACCCACACGUUCACGGGGCUGCCGUCCACGAGCGCCCCCACUGCCACCACUUCGGGCGCCGCCAAGCCCGGCAAGAGGCUGCAGAAGUCCUCGGCGGCGUCGCCGCUGAAGAUGAAGCGCACGCUCAAGACGGAGCCGAAUAUCAAGAGAAAGAAGUGCCGCGUGAAAACCGUGUGGCAUUGAAAUGGUGCAAUUUUACAUCCUCAGAGAUAUUUUCUUAUACACUUAUAUAUAUUUUUUCUCCCCCGCAAAUGGACGAAGCGUCGUUGUUUUCUUUUUUAAUGCAAGAUAAGGACUCUCAUUACUCUUGUAUGUAAAUUAUGUUGACAUAUUGGAUAUUUUAAUAAAAUUAAACACGUGUAUUGAA